AGAGAUUCUUAGGUAUUGCAGAAUCGAUCUUUCAAAAUGUCGGAUGUAAUGAGCAAGUCCUUGGGAUUUGCAAUGGAAUAUAUCAAAGGAAAAGCACAAUCAAUUGACCACCCUUACACCAUACAUGAUUUUUUGUCCACUGUUUCUAAAAUUUCAAACUCAAAAGACGAAAUUUUGGUGCUGUCAAAAUUCCUGCAACAGAUGAAGGAUCAUUUUAAUAUAUGUCCAUUGAUAAGGCAAAGACAAAGCUUAGUAACAUUAACCUACUGUUGCCAAAUGCCGGGAAUAAAAUCGGUGGUCAAACUUUUACACGAUGUUGCUGCUGUAGUGAUCACAUUUGUUGAACGGGCAAAGUCAGUAAAGGAUAAGCGGCUCGGUUAUUUAGCUUUAACCACUUUAGCGGAUAUUUGCGACAAUGAAAUUGUAUAUCUAGCUGUUAACACUGUGGUAAAAGAUGUUGCUUCAAAAAGUCCUGCUGUUAUUACAAUUGCUUUGAACUGCAUGGUGCACAUUGUGAGCAUCGAUAUAAUACCUGUGUUACUACCGAUCGCUGAGAAGAGGUUAUCACAUUCUGAUGGUAAUGUACGCGCCAAAAGUGUCAUGGCGCUCCACAGAAUGUACUUGGUGGGACCAGAGUUUGUACACAGCCCACAGCGCCAUUUGAAGCAGGCAUUGUCUGAUAAAGAUCCUGAAGUUAUGGCCACUGUACUACCAUAUGUGUACGAUGUUUUAAAGACAAAUCCUGAAUUGAGAUCUUCAUUUGCACCGAAACUAGUCCACAUUCUGAAACAAGUUGUUAAAAAUCGCCUUCCAAUGUACAUGUCAAGACAAGGUGUUCCAGCUCCAUGGGUUCAGAUCAACAUAAUGAAGAGCCUGUUCUUUUGUGUGGAUAAUUUGAAAGAAAAUGAUUCUCUUGCAAAUAUACUAAUAGAAAUAUUAAAUCGUGGCCAGAGCCUAAACAACACAGCAUCCUACUCUGUAGUCGCUGAAUGCACACAUUUGAUUUCAAGACUUUAUGAUGCUAAGCAUGAAGCAUUUCAAACUGUGCUUGGUUGUAUGGGCUGCUUUCUACAUUCCAAACAUCCAAACUUACUUUUAGUGGGUUUGCAGCUUUUAAGUGAGUUGACCACAGUUGAUUCAACGUGUUGUGUCCAGUAUCAAGAUAUUAUAAUUAAUUCAUUGAGUCAUCCAGACAUGACAGUAAAAAAACAGACUUUGAACCUGAUUCGUGUUUUAACAAAUCCAACCAACUACAAAUCAAUAUGCAGUCACAUGAUUGAGCAGUUGAAAGAGACAUCUAGUGACAAAUAUUUUACCUCAAACUUCAGUAUGCAGAUUGCAAGCACUGCAGAAAAGUUUUCAACCGAGGAAGCUUGGCUACUCGCAACUUUGCACUCUGUUCUGACCUCAGGUGGUGAGAAUGUGUGUCCAGAAGCGUGUAAUAAACUACAAGUGUGUUUAGGCAAAGCGAGCAAGAGUUGCAUUGAAAAUGAAGUAAAUCUUUGCCUGAAACUUCUAGAAACUUCUUUGUCAUCGGUUCACCUUAAACUGGUGGUGUGGGUUCUAGGAGAAUAUGCUGACUACAUGGUGUGUGAAAAUUCAAGUGAAAAUGUUGCUUUGAUUUGUCAGUGCUGUUUAAUAACUUUUCAAAAUAACAAGAGUUUAACUACGGAUCAACGUGAUGUUGUUAUUUUUGGCAUUUUAAAUUGCAUAGUGAAAAUGUCAGCUAAAGUUGGAAAUUUUGACCAUGAAGUAAAAGACAUGUUGACAAAACUUCUAAAGCAUACACAAUCUAUUAUGGUGCACCAGAAACUAAAGGAAUUUGAAGUACCUUUAGAAAAACCAAACAUUUUAAAGAAAAUUUUUACUGAAGAAUUUCAAUUUGAUAAAAAUUUAAGUUUUCUGGAAGAUUUCAUUUCCUCCUCCUCUAUUGCUCCUGAGGAGCAGAGUGAGAGCAUUGGUGAUUCCCUACAGCCGAUACUCAAAUAUGAGGCUUACGGACACCUACAGCAUGGUAUGGUAAAAACACCAGAGGCCUUGCUAGCAUCUGUUUUACCAGACACUGCUCAACCUAAAGUUACAGGGUUUUUGAGUAAAAAGGCCCCAGACAAAAGAGAAGCUCCACGAAAAUGGGGCCAAAGCGGGUAUUUAGGGGUGAAAGAGGACCCAAGGCCUGAAAAUUCACUUUCAAAUGCUUUGUUUGGAAAAUCAACAUCCCAGACUUUGAACGAAGCUUUAUUGAAUCUAUCGGCUGUCGGAAACAAAAACAAUGACAAUGAUAUCUGUGACAUCAUGAAUGACAUGAUGAUGACGUCACAAACGACCACCGACAGCGGCGCAGCAUUUGACGACAAAUAACGUUCCGAAUUUCUUCGCUGGUGUUAAAAAAAUUAUUUUAAGAAAAGUAUAUAAAUAAACCACUGUAAACAAGAAGCAGAUUUCA